AGCAAUAUGUCUGGCCGGGGCAAAGGCGGUAAAGGACUCGGAAAGGGAGGUGCUAAGUGCCAUCGGAAGGCACUUCGUGAUAACAUUCAAGGUAUUACUAAACCGGCUAUUCAUCGUUUGGCUCGUCGUGGUGGUGUCAAGCGUGUUUCUGGGUUGAUCUAUGAAGAGACCCGUGGCGUGCUCAAAGUUUUUCUCGAAAACGUGAUCCAUGAUGCUGUUACUUACACCGAGCAUGCGAAGCGGAAGACUGUGACAGCCAUGGACGUGGUUUAUGCUUUAAAACGCCAGGGUCGCACUCUGUACGGAUUCGGGGGCUAA